CAGAGCUAUUUAUUCGAAACGCUUCUUCUUUCCAAAACCCUAAACACAGAAAUUCUCAAAUUGAAAGAGCAUAUCUCUGUUUUUGUGUAUAUAUAUCUAUAUAUUCAGUGAUAGACUUUGUAAAUUUCGAUUAUCCGUUAAAUUUCGUUAAUUUGAAGAGUUUUAAGCAUCUUUAGCAAUGGUGGCUGAAAUCGAAGGCGAUGGGCUGAAGAAGCUAGAGUAUUUGUCGUUAGUUUCCAAAGUAUGUACGGAGCUGGAAACGCAUUUAGGUUUUGGGGAUAAAGUGUUGGCGGAGUUCAUCACGGAGAUGGGUAGGAAUUGCGAGACGGUGGACGAAUUCGAUGCCAAAUUGAAGGAGAAUGGGGCGGAAAUGCCCGAUUAUUUUGUCCGCACGCUUCUUACCAUUAUUCACGCGAUUCUUCCGCCGAAGCAGAAGUCGAAAUCGGAGAAGGGAUCGAAGGAGGGGGGUGAUGAGCCGUUUACAGCUUUGAAGAUCAAGGAUGGGAGGGAGAGGGUGAAGGAGCUGGAGAAGGAGAUUGAAGAGGAGGUGAAAGGGCGUAGGAGACUGGAGGGGAAUGAUGAGGAAGAUAGGUAUAGGAAUCGGGACAGAGAUGGUGAUAGGAGAGAGAGAAGACAUGACCGAGAUCGAGAUAGAGAUAGGGAAAGGGUUCGACAUGGGGAUAGAGAGGAUCGAGGUAGGCAUGGGGAUAGGGAGGAGAGAGGUAGGCAUAGGGGUAGGGAGGAGAGGGGUGUUGAUGGAGAUAGGGAUGGUUAUGGCGAUGAGAGAGGUAGGCAAAGGAACGGUGGCAGGGAUAGGAAUCGAGGAGGAGAACGGAAUUGGAGGAAUGAAUAUGAUGAAGAGAGGGAUGACGAGAACAGAGAAGCGAGGAAGGGGAAGGAUAGCCAGUCGGAUGAGCCGGAAUUGUACAAGGUUUACAAAGGAAGGGUUUCGAGGGUGAUGGAUAAGGGGUGUUUUGUUCAGUUUCAUGAUUUUAAAGGGAAGGAGGGUCUGGUACAUGUGUCUCAGUUGGCAACACGUAGGAUUUCUAAUGCCAAGGAUGUAGUGAAGCGAGACCAAGAGGUCUACGUGAAGGUUAUCUCGGUUAGUGGGAGUAAUCUGAGUUUGUCAAUGAGGGAUGUUGAUCAGAACAGUGGAAAGGAUUUGUUGCCCUUGAAGAGGAGUGAGACAGAUGAUGGUAUGACGGCCAACCCUUCGGGUAGGAAUGAUGGUGGAGGGAUGGGGAGUAGGAUUGGCCUGUCCGGUAUCAGGAUAACAGAGGAAGUUGAUGCUGUGCCAUCGCGGAGACCACUGAAGAAGAUGAGUUCACCCGAGCGAUGGGAGGCUAAGCAGCUAGUGGCUUCUGGUGUUAUGAGCGUAAAGGAUUAUCCUAUGUUUGAUGAUGAGGGAGAUGGGAUGAUGUAUCAGGAAGAAGGUGGAGAUGAGGAGCUUGAGGUUGAGUUGAAUGAUGAUGAACCUGCUUUCUUGCAGGGUCAGAGUAGGUAUUCCAUUGACAUGUCCCCUGUGAAGAUAUUCAAGAAUCCUGAGGGGUCCUUGAGCCGUGCAGCAGCGCUUCAAUCCGCUCUGAUAAAGGAAAGGAGGGAGGUUAGGGAGCAACAACAGCGAACCAUGCUGGAUUCCAUCCCAAAGGAUCUCAAUCGUCCUUGGGAAGACCCAAUGCCAGAAACAGGUGAGCGGCAUCUUGCUCAGGAACUGAGAGGUGUUGGUUUGUCUGCAUAUGACAUGCCUGAGUGGAAGAAAGAUGCAUAUGGAAAAGCUCUAACUUUUGGACAAAGAUCAAAGCUUUCCAUUCAGGAACAGAGACAGAGUCUACCCAUCUACAAGUUAAAGAAGGAGCUGGUUCAGGCUGUUCAUGAAAAUCAGCUCCUGGUUGUUAUUGGUGAAACGGGGUCAGGAAAGACGACUCAGGUCACACAAUAUCUCGCUGAGGCAGGUUACACCACUAAGGGAAAAAUUGGAUGCACUCAGCCUCGAAGAGUGGCUGCAAUGUCUGUGGCAAAGAGGGUUGCUGAGGAAUUUGGUUGUCGUCUGGGUGAAGAGGUCGGGUAUGCAAUCCGUUUUGAGGAUUGCACCAGUCCAGAGACUGUAAUCAAGUACAUGACUGAUGGUAUGCUUCUGAGAGAGAUUCUGAUAGACGAAGAUUUAUCUCAGUACUCAGUGAUAAUGCUUGAUGAAGCUCACGAGAGGACCAUUCACACAGACGUCCUUUUUGGAUUACUGAAGCAGCUUGUAAAACGAAGGCCCGACCUUCGUCUGAUUGUCACGUCUGCAACUUUGGACGCGGAGAAGUUCUCCGGAUAUUUCUUCAACUGUAACAUCUUCACCAUUCCAGGUAGAACUUUUCCAGUAGAAAUACUGUAUACCAAGCAGCCGGAAAGUGAUUAUCUGGAUGCAUCAUUGAUCACUGUGUUACAGAUUCAUUUGACUGAACCUGAAGGUGAUAUACUUCUGUUCUUGACUGGUCAAGAAGAGAUUGAUUAUGCUUGUCAAUGUCUCUAUGAGAGAAUGAAGGGUCUAGGGAAAAAUGUUCCGGAGCUGAUUAUUUUACCUGUAUACAGUGCUCUGCCUAGUGAAAUGCAGUCCAGGAUUUUUGAUCCUGCACCUCCAGGAAAGAGGAAAGUCGUUGUUGCGACCAAUAUAGCUGAAGCUUCUUUGACUAUUGACGGAAUAUUUUAUGUUAUUGAUCCCGGGUUUGCUAAGCAAAACGUAUACAAUCCUAAACAAGGGCUUGACUCUUUGGUGAUAACUCCAAUCUCACAAGCGUCUGCGAAACAAAGGGCUGGGCGUGCUGGGCGUACAGGACCAGGAAAGUGCUAUCGCCUCUAUACAGAGAGUGCAUUCCACAAUGAGAUGUCUCCCACCACAGUUCCAGAGAUACAAAGGAUUAAUCUUGGAAUGACUACUCUUAACUUGAAAGCUAUGGGUAUAAAUGAUCUGUUGUCUUUUGAUUUCAUGGACCCCCCUACACCUCAGGCUCUCAUUUCUGCCAUGGAGCAGCUAUACAGUUUAGGAGCUCUGGAUGAAGAGGGUCUUCUAACUAAGUUGGGUAGGAAAAUGGCUGAAUUUCCGUUGGAUCCUCCGCUGUCCAAAAUGCUUCUUGCCAGUGUGGAUCUUGGUUGCAGUGAUGAGAUUCUUACCAUUAUUGCAAUGAUUCAAACUGGAAAUAUAUUCUACCGGCCACGAGAAAAACAGGCUCAAGCGGAUCAGAAAAGAGCAAAGUUUUUCCAGCCGGAAGGAGACCAUUUGACUCUACUUGCUGUUUAUGAGGCAUGGAAAGCAAAAAAUUUCUCUGGUCCAUGGUGCUUUGAGAAUUUUGUUCAGUCACGAUCACUGAGGAGGGCACAGGAUGUGAGGAAGCAGCUUCUCUCCAUCAUGGACAAGUACAAACUGGAUGUUGUGAGUGCUGGUAAGAAUUUUGCAAAAAUACGGAAGGCUAUAGGUGCUGGUUUCUUUUUCCAUGCUGCUAGGAAGGAUCCACAAGAAGGCUACAGAACACUUGUUGAGAACCAACCGGUGUAUAUACAUCCAAGCAGUGCUUUGUUCCAGAGACAACCCGACUGGGUUAUUUACCACGAAUUGGUGAUGACCACCAAGGAGUAUAUGCGCGAGGUGACUGUCAUAGAUCCAAAGUGGUUGGUUGAACUUGCUCCAAGGUUCUUCAAAGUGUCAGAUCCUACGAAAAUGAGCAAGCGCAAGAGACAAGAGCGCAUUGAGCCACUCUACGACAGAUAUCACGAACCAAACUCUUGGCGUUUAAGCAAAAGGCGUGCUUAGUCUGUCUUUGUUCGGUACUUUUUUGUUGGCUAGUUUUUCAUGGACUUGUUUCCGACUGUUUAUGAGAUUGUAUGCCAGAAGUGCUGCUGACCUUUGAGAUUGUAUACCAGAAGGGCUGCUAACGGUCCAUACAAUUUUUAUUAUUUGUUCCCUAAAUAAUAGACUUUGGGGACAUCGACCCAGAUUUUAGUGUGAAA